GAUCUGACUAUCAGCCAGAAUCAGGAACAGAGGAUCUUAGAGCUCUUGGAGGAUCUUGGGGCAGGGCAGACCAUCACAGCACAUGACCUGGCUAGGAAGCUUGGGGCCCCAAAGAAAGACGUCAAUCGAGUUUUAUACUCCCUGGCAAAGGAGGGGAAACUACACAAGGAGGCAGGAACACCCCCUCUGUGGAGAAUUUUGAUCUCAGUUCAGGCUUGGAACCAGCCCAGCAGGGUCGUCAGACCAGACAUUUGUAGUGAGGACGCUCCAGCCUCAGAGCCCAGUGUGGAAAGUGAAGACAGAGACCCCACAUCUGAGCACAGUGUGGAAAGUGAAGACAGAGACCCCACAUCUGAGCACAGUGUGGAAAGUGAAGACAGAGACCCCACAUCUGACGCGGAAAGUCCUUCUGAGCCUUUUGACAUGGCCGAGGUCAAGGAGAAAAUCUGCAACCAUCUGUUCCGUGUGUAUAACUCCUCUGCCCUGAACUUGGCCAAAAACAUUGGCUUCGCCAAAGCCCGAGAUGUAAAUGCCGUCCUGAUUGAUUUGGAAAGGCAGGGAGAAGUCUACAGGCAAGGUACGACCCCUCCCAUUUGGUUUCUGACAGACAAGAAGCGAGAGAGGAUGCUAAUCAAGAGAAAUAUGCACAGUGUUUUUGCAACCGCUCCAGCUGCCAUCCCGGAGCCUAAAAGAGAGACAGGGCUCCCCACCUGUAAUGUUCCCACAGCGGCUCCCUCACACAAGGUGGUGGCCACAGGAAACGUAACCACGGGAAGCAUGGUAACCACACAUAAUGUGGCUACCACACAAAACGUGGCUACCACACAGAACGGGGCUACCACACAGAACGUGGCUACCAUACAGAACGUGGCUACCACACAGAACGUGGCUACCACACAGAACAUGGUUACCACACAGAACGUAACCACAGAAAAAGUGGAGAACGGGCAGGAACCUGUCGUAAAGUUAGAAGCCAGGCCAGAGGCCAGACCAGAACCCAUGAGACCGAAACCACCUGUUCAUCACAAUGGCCCCUCAAAACCAGGGUAUGUUGACUUUGAAAAUGGCCAGUGGGCCACAGAUGACAUCCCAGAUGACUUGAAUAGUAUCCACGCAGCCCCAGGUGAGUUUCGAGCCAUCAUGGAGAUGCCCUCCUUCUACAGUCAUGGCUUGCCACGGUGUUCACCCUACAAGAAACUGACAGAGUGCCAGCUGAAGAACCCCAUCAGCGGGCUGUUAGAGUAUGCUCAGUUCGCUAGUCAGACCUGUGAGUUCAACAUGAUAGAGCAGAGUGGACCACCCCAUGAACCUCGAUUUAAAUUUCAGGUUGUCAUCAAUGGCCGAGAGUUCCCCCCAGCUGAAGCUGGCAGCAAGAAAGUGGCCAAGCAGGAUGCAGCUAUGAAAGCCAUGGCAAUUCUGCUUGAGGAAGCCAGAGCCAAGGACAGUGGAAAAGCAGAAGACUCAUCCUACUAUUUCACGGAGAAAGAAUCAGAGAAGACUGCAGAGUCCCAGCCCACUGCCCCUUCAGCAACAUCCUUAUUUUCUGGGAAGAGCCCCGUCACCACAUUGCUUGAGUGUGUGCACAAGUUGGGGAGUUCCUGUGAAUUCCGUCUCCUGUCCAGAGAAGGCCCUGCCCAUGACCCUAAGUUCCAAUACUGUGUUGCAGUGGGAGAUCAAACGUUUCCCACCGUGAGUGCCCCCAGCAAGAAAGUGGCAAAGCAGAUGGCUGCAGAGGAAGCUAUGAAGGCCCUGCACGGGGAGGCAACCAACCCAGCAUCUUCUGAUGACCAGCCCGGAAGUGCAAAUAUGGACUCCCUUGAUAACUUGGAACCUGGGAUGCCUAGCAAGGUCAGGAAGAUUGGCGAGCUUGUCAGAUACCUGAACACCAACCCAGUGGGCGGCCUGCUGGAGUACGCCCGCUCCCAUGGCUUUGCUGCCGAGUUCAAGUUGGUUGACCAGUCCGGACCUCCUCAUGAGCCCAAGUUCGUUUACCAGGCCAAAGUUGGGGGUCGCUGGUUCCCAGCUGUCUGCGCACAUAGCAAGAAGCAAGGCAAGCAGGAAGCGGCCGAUGCGGCUCUCCGUGUCUUGAUCGGGGAGAACGAGAAGGCAGAGCGCAUGGGUUUCACAGAGGUAACCCCAGUGACAGGGGCCAGUCUCAGAAGAACUAUGCUCCUCCUCUCAAGGUCCCCAGAGGCACAGCCAAAGACACUUCCCCUCACUGGCAGCACCUUCCACGACCAGAUCGCUAUGCUGAGCCACCGGUGCUUCAAUGCCCUCACUAACAGCUUCCAGCCCUCCUUGCUUGGCCGCAAGAUCCUGGCUGCCAUCAUUAUGAAGAAAGACUCUGAGGACAUGGGUGUCGUAGUCAGCCUGGGGACAGGGAACCGCUGCGUAAAAGGAGAUUCUCUCAGCCUAAAGGGAGAAACCGUCAAUGACUGCCACGCGGAAAUCAUCUCCCGAAGAGGCUUCAUCAGGUUCCUCUACAGCGAGUUAAUGAAGUACAACCCUCAGACUGCGAAGGAGAGUAUAUUUGAGCCUGCGCGGGGAGGAGAAAAGCUCCAGAUAAAAAAGACUGUGUCGUUCCAUCUCUAUAUCAGCACUGCUCCCUGUGGGGACGGCGCCCUCUUUGACAAGUCCUGCAGCGACCGUGCUAUGGAGAACACGGAUUCCCGCCACUAUCCUGUCUUUGAGAAUCCCAAACAGGGCAAGCUCCGCACCAAGGUGGAAAACGGAGAAGGCACGAUCCCUGUGGAGUCCAGUGACAUCGUGCCUACAUGGGAUGGCAUUCGUCUUGGGGAGAGGCUCCGUACCAUGUCCUGUAGUGACAAAAUCCUGCGCUGGAACGUGCUAGGCCUGCAGGGGGCGCUGCUCACCCACUUCCUGCAGCCAGUGUAUCUCAAGUCUGUGACACUGGGUUACCUUUUCAGCCAAGGGCAUCUGACCCGUGCUAUUUGCUGUCGUAUGACAAGAGAUGGGAGUGCAUUCGAGGAUGGACUACGGUACCCCUUUAUCGUCAACCACCCCAAGGUUGGCCGAGUCAGUGUCUAUGAUUCCAAAAGACAAUCUGGGAAGACGAAGGAGACGAGCGUCAACUGGUGUCUGGCUGACGGCUACGACCUGGAAAUCCUGGACGGCACCAGAGGCACCGUGGAUGGGCCUCGGAAUGAACUGUCUCGGGUCUCCAAAAAGAAUAUUUUUCUUCUGUUUAAGAAGCUUUGCUCCUUCCGCUACCGCAGGGAUCUACUGAAACUCUCCUAUGGUGAGGCCAAGAAAGCUGCCCAUAACUACGAGAUUACCAAGAACUACUUCAAAAAAAGCCUGAAGGACAUGGGCUAUGGGGACUGGAUAAGCAAACCCCAGGAGGAAAAGAACUUUUACCUCUGCCCAGUAUAGUAUACCCCAGGACCGAUGGCUCGGGGCGCUUCGUACGGACUGAGAGGUGGUCACAGCAUUCCUCAUCACAUUCGUCAAGGGUUUUUUUUUGUUUGUUUUUUGUUUUUUUUUCCUCCCCUUUUUUUCUUUUUUUUUUUAAGGAAACCAUCAUUUGCGUUUCCAAGAACUUUGGGUUCCCAUUGAUCCUACUUCAUUUGGGAUUGCUAGGCAGCGUCUGGCCACCCCACAGCCUUUUCUUCCCGCGUAGCAUAAGCAGUCACCGAGCACCUGCAGCCCACUUCCUCUUAAGGAUUGGUUUCAUUUUGUUCUGCGUUUCUUUUCCCUUUAUGUCGGCUACACUGACUUCUCGUGGUCUUUAUUAGGUUCCAGUCAACUCCGUGAAUCAUGUCUGGGACAGAUGAUUCCAUGUAUAGGUCACAGGCCCCUCUGCUUCCCCUCCUCUCCUUCUGAGAGCCCUUCCUUCUAAUUGUUCAGUGUCUCUGCCAUUGGGAUAAAGGUGAAAUCAAAGAAUUUGAUGGAACAUGUCCGAGGGCACGUCCACAACAGCAGUCAGUUCGUUCCCAGUGCCAGUGGCCGCAGGCAGCCCUUGGCGAUCAGGUCUCACGCCUUAGCCAGCUUGGGGACGGCCGCCAGAGGCAGGAAAGCCGCCUCCCCCGGGCAGCAGGGAAGCCUAAGCCAGCCAGAGGAGGCUCCCAAGGUUGCCCAAGCAGGAGCCCAGCUUUCCCUGCAGGGGGCACAGACCACUUCCCCAGCAUGGACAUCCUUGAGGAAUGUCCCUUCUCCUGAAGCAUUUCUAAUUCCUAGGGAUUUGCUCUGUCCAUGCAGGUCAAAGGAAAAACUCCUAGACAAACCCUAGAGGAUAAAUUCUCUCUGCUCAGAUAAUCGGGACUUAGCAAGAGUAAGGGCAAAAAAAUCAUUUCAGGCCAGAUCAUGGUCCACUGGCAUACUCUUUCUCAUGACAGUGACACCAAGGGAAGCCAGUUGAUUAAGUCAGGUGUAAAUUAGGAGUUUUUAAAAGAGCGCUAUCAGUGUUGAUUUUUAACCGUUAUCGGUAAUCUAUCACCUUAAAAACCCAGGCAUAGCUUUUCCUCCCAUUUAUCCAGGCGCUUGCUUUUUGCCAGAUGGCCUCAGGAGUUGGUUGUGGUGUGUCACAGACCUGAGGUCUCCCUGGCUACUGCAGUCCCAGAGAGCACACGGACAAGGCAGCCGUGGUGGAGGGCAGGCUGACGGGCUCUGCGGUGGGACCCCCGUGCGCACCUCCACCUGCACUAACUCCCGGGCUCACAGCCUUCGGCCUUGGGGAAGCUGGGGCUGGUGCUGGAGAGGACCGCAGAGGCUCUGCCACCCUCAGGGCCUGAGCCUUCCCCUUGUCCUUCCGUGAGGAGUCUAAGUCUGGGAACUUGCUGAGCUGGUGCCUCCAGCUGCUUCCUGUCCCCUCCCUGCCUUGCCCUGUGAACUGCCAAGCCACUUUGUCAACAGCAGACACAUCUGCACUCCCGCUUUGGGCUCCUGUACUCACCGUACUUCUGACCAAAAAUCAACCAAAAUAAGAACCCCAGGUUUUACAAUACAUUAAGAAUGUUUCGGGACAUGGGACAUCAGUGUCCCCAGGAACUGGCAGGGAAAGGGAGGGCGCCUGGCCCUGAGUGCUGGGGGCACAUGAGCUCAGUCCUGGCCCUGCUCCUGGGAAGGGAACCCGUCUCCUUGUCACCCACUAACUCUGGGGGCGUCGGCCCCUCUGGCCUGUCUCGGCCACUAGGGUCUCCGGCAGAGCUGGCGCCGCUGCCUCUUUAACCCGGAGCACAGGGUCUCCAUGAGAGCCCCGCUGGCUCCCAUCUCAUCAGCAAGCUGGUAGGAAGAGAGGAGGCACCCCUGGGGCCACGAGUCCGGCCCUCGCCACCACGUCCCCAGCCCCUCUGAGUCUCACAGGACAGGGGGCAAAGUCCGCCCUUCUCUUUUUGGUCCAAUCUUUGUUUUUAACAGGCAGCGCCCCACCCCCCACCUUUGUUUGAAUGAUUUUUGUAGUUGAUUUGUCUGAACUGUGGCUAUUGUGCAUUCUUUGAAUAAUCACUCGUAAACUUGUCGAUGCUUGAUGCUAUUUCCUUUCCUCGAGGAGAAGGGACUUUGUUGGUUUGGGGUCUCGGCAGUGACUCCAAGAGCAGAGUGAGGAAGAGCCCAAGGUGGACUUGGGUGCCAUGAUGGCUGCAGUCCAGUUCCAGUCUCGCUAUUGUGUCCCUUGAUAACAGUGAUUAACAAUAUACAUUCCUGACGAAUAAAUAAAAAAGAAAAGAACCUGAA